ACUUGUAAUAAUGAAUUUUGGUACAUCCGUAUACAUUCCACCAGCUGCUUUGUAAUGUUUACGAUAGGCGAUAGUAUUUUGGACGUCAGCUUCUUCGUCAUAUUGGGAUAAAUUUUGUUAACUUGGAGUUUCAGAAAAUAGAAUAAUGGACCAAAAACGCCCAGCAUGUCGAACACUCAUCGUUUUAGGCUCUGGUGGCCACACGGCGGAAAUGAUCCAAAUAGUUAAAAGUCUAGACAAAACCAAAUACAGUCCGCGGUAUUAUGUGCUUGCCAAAUCGGAUAUAACGAGCCGCAAACGAGUCGCCCAAAUAGAAUCCCCGGACGAAACAUCGCAUGCAUUCCUAGAAAUAUUCCGAAGCAGGGAGGUAAAGCAAAGCUACAUCACUUCGGUGUUCACUACGAUUCUGGCUCUUAUCGCUAGCAUUCCCCUCGUUUUCCGGCUCAAACCCGAGCUAAUACUAUGCAACGGACCCGGAACCUGUGUGCCAAUAUGUCUAGUAGCCUAUUUUCUAAGCCUCUUUAGGAUUAUACCGCGAUGUAAAAUAGUUUUUGUGGAAAGCUUCUGCCGAGUGAAAACAAUUUCUUUGAGCGGGAAAAUACUGAAAUAUUUUGUGGAUUUGUUCGUUGUGCAGUGGCCUAGUUUGGCGAGGACGUCGGGAAAAAUAAAAUACCUUGGGAAGUUGACGUAACUAUCUUGUGCA